CGGAGUAGAGCAGUAAACAUGGGCACUGUGUGCUGAACACCUUGAGGCAUGCAGACGUUGCUAGCGCUUCUCGCGACAGCCCUCGCGUGCGUCUUAGCCCGCCCACCAGCGAUCACGGAUGGCCCACCGAUCGCCGGGGCCUCUCCGGGGCCCCAGCGGCAGCGGGCACCCAUUCCGCCUCCGCGAGAGUUCCUCACAGAGUACAUCCUCCCGCGUUUCCUGGUGCCCCACUACCUGGGCUACGACGAACAGCUGCGCUUUCCACGGCCUUUGGAGAACAACUUUCUGGACCGGGAAAUAGAUUUCAUCAAGCAAAUGGAAUUACAAGAAAUUGAAUCUAAUCCAUAUGAGGUCCAGUAUCCCCGCUGGGAACCCAUCGAAUCACCAACUCGCUACUUCGGGCACGUCUUAGGUCCGAUCGUCCCUGAGGCGCAAAUGUACCCUGACCAGAAAUUGGACGCUGUCGUGUCCUCACCUCUCAGAUACAAGGGGUAUCAAGUUUUGAAGAAGAACGAAGCUGACGAGGAUUCCAGCAAGGAAAGGUCCACCAAAACAAAUAAUACUGCUAACCCUGGAUCAGAUUCUGCUGAUGUAAAAAAAACUUUUGCUUUAACGCCUCUUGAUUCUGGUUAUUACGAAAAUGCAAAUAUUGAAGAAAAUGAUAAAGCAGUGACACCAAUAGAAGAGGAGCCAGAGUAUAACAGCAUUGACACGAUGAUAGAUACGCGCAAGAUUCGACAAAAUCCCAACUUGAGUAAAACGAAGACACUCAUCGCCGAACACGUGGACAGGCUUCGCACUGGUUUGUCUAAUAAGGACUACCGUAUACCUGUCUCGUUACUGCCAACCAAUCUGCGCUGGUUGAAAAUAAAUCGUCCUAACGACCUUGAGGAGAGCACACACGAGGAUGUCAAAGGUACAGCUAAGCCACACCAUAUCCAUAUCCUGGAGACGCCUACACCAGACCCCGGGGAGUCCAUAUAUAGCAUUGCCCUCCUUGCCGCUGUUGGUGCUGCCCUGACUGUGGCGAUCAUAGGCUUAGCUUUCGGAUGGUACACUUUAUCGAAGAAGGCAAAAGCUGCUGCUGAUGUAGACUACCCCGCAUACGGCGUCACUGGUCCUAACGUGGACACCUCCGGAGAUCGCAAGCUAGCACAAUCGGCACAUAUGUAUCACUAUCAGCACCAGAAGCAACAAAUUAUAGCUAUGGAAAGGAACGGCAUGGAUCGCAACGCCUCUGUAUCUGACCCGGAGUCCGAAGAAGAGAACGAGGAAGGAGACUACACCGUGUACGAGUGCCCUGGCUUUGCUACCACUGGCGAUAUGGAAGUGAAGAACCCACUUUUCAAGGAGGAGGGCACACCCGCUACCCCUGGGAAGAACGACGGAGGAAAGGUCCAGCCUAAGGAAUAAUCGCUACCCCUUCGCCAUACCGGCGAGGCCCGACGUUUGACGGGAAACCUCCUGUCACCGCUUUAUUUGACGAGGCAUUUCGGCACCCCAAACUUUAUUAUACACUUCAUACGUAAUCAUUUACUUUAAACGAUCGUCGCAUGAGUGCUACAAGAAAUCUAUUUCAAGUAAUUAUCUAUAACCUUUUCGUAUGCAGAGGAAAUCCGGGGCAAAGUGAUAAUGCCACAGCUAUAUCCCCACGUCAGUGUGUCUAAACACUUCAUGUUACACGCUUACAAAGAAAAGGACACUAUUAACUAGUGCAAGUAGAUUUUAUGCAAUGACUCUGGCUUGAUUUUACUUCUAGAUAUUAAAUGUCUCUUAUCGGUAAGCUAUCGUAGAGUAAACUAUUACUUCUUUGAUUGUUGUGUAAAGUUGAGUGAAUGUUUUGAUUACUAUUACCGUUAUCAACAACUACACAUUUAGCAUGACCAAGUCCGCACACUGUCAUUUCCACAAUCAAAGCGGGACAUAGUUUACACAAAUACUUGCGAAUAUUGUUGAGAAUGUCCCAGCCAAUUGUAACUUGUGUCAACUUGUGUUAAUACUUAUUGUAAGCAUUGAUAUUGCCCGACGCGACGUAUGACUGCGACUUGAAAUAUUAGAGACUCAAAACUAUGCGAGAUUACGACACGAGUUUGGGCACUCGGGUCUUGGCGUCUUCGUAGUGCUGGAGUAUUCAGUCAGUAUUUCAAAUCCUUAUUUUGUGGUACAUAGGAAAAAUAAACAAGGGUAAAGACUUGAUUUUAUUAUUACAUGUUAUGUUAAAGCUGGAAAUUGUCACUAACAGACGCUAGGCCACUGAACAGUCUACGUACAUUUGAAUUUACGCGCCCUCGCACGCAUCC